AUGUCAACUUGUUGGGAGUGCCGCAAAUCUUUCUCUUCUGGCAGGGCCGCCCUCAAGCAGCACCGCAAAAGUACCAACCAUACAGAAUGCCGCCGCUGCUACGACAUGUUCAAUAGCGCGCAGGACCGCAUCAACCACGAAGCGAAUGAGCAUUCCUACUGUUUCGAUUGUGAACGCGAAUUUGCAAAUUCUAAUAAUGCGCGCCAGCACUUGAACUCCAAAAUCCACCGAGGCUCCUCGGUCCAGUGCCCUCUUUGCACAAAGGCAUAUACUACCGCAACCGGCAUAGUCAAUCACCUCGAAUCUGGCACAUGCCCCAGCGCGCAUAGCCUCUCACGGGAUGCCCUUUAUCGCCUUGUCCGCAGCCGUGAUCCGCAGGGCGUCAUCUCCAAGAAGCUAAUCGGUUGGACUGGAGAGGCUGAAUACGAGGCUACGUUUCACACCUGGAAUGGAUCUGGCUACGAGUGUUAUCUCUGCCACCGCGUUCUCCAGGAGAUACACAGCCUGAACCAGCAUUUGAAGUCUCCCGCCCAUCAACAACCAUAUUAUCACUGCCCGAAAGUCACCUGCCGCAGCGAAUUCAAAACUCUUGCAUCCCUGAUCAGCCACCUCGAAAGCGAAUCUUGCGGCUAUAUACGAUUCAACAACGUUCAAAACCGGGUCAAAGAGAUGAUGCUUGGUGGGAAGCUCAUUGGACAUUAG